AAGGUUGAUCAUUUGUAUAAAUUAUACAAUAACAAGAAGCAGAAGGCUUUUUUAGAUGAGCUUCUUUCAUUACGACAAGCCCAAGGUAAUCCAGUUGAAAGAGUUCCAAUUAUGAACAAGCAAUUACUGGAUCUAUAUAACUUAUAUAAAUAUGUGAAGGAUCUAGGAGGUUCUACCGAGGUAACUGAGAAAAAAUUAUGGAAAGAAGUUGCUACUAGUAUGGGAUUUGAAAGUUCAGUUAUGAUUAUUAACGCUCUUUUUACUCACUACGUACAUUACAUCCUUCCUUAUGAAUGCAAA